CCAUGGCUGACCCGAACUCCAUUCAGACUGGUAAGUAGUAACUAUGACCACCGCAGUCAUCUUGCAUUUCUUUGGACCUUUUCUGCUUGUUCAUCAUUCCUGUCCAUAAUAUGAAGAUCAAUCUUUUAAGGAGACGAGGUGCCCCCUGACACCCUCACAGUCUGCAUCCUUUAUCUAGGCCACAACGGAAUGUUCUGUAUUUAUUGUAACUCACGGUGGGCAGCCAGUGAUUGGCUAAGAGCGUCAGCUGAUCCUUUCAUUGAAUCAUUGUCGCCCAAGCAGAAUCAUAGGAAGACGUAUAGGUGCUGCGGAAAGGACAGGGCAAUUGGUAACUGGGACCUGACUUAAAGGUUAAAACAUUCAAAAAUUGUUUAAUCUCAUUAAGUAACUCUGCACCUAUGUACUCCUCACCCCAUAACAACUGUUUUGAAGGAGGAAUCCCUCCUGUACAGCCCCACAUUAACGAAGAAGAGUCAUUGUAUCUCUGAAUGCAAGAUCUACUUAAUGAUCUAUGUCUAUCUAAUGAUCUAUGUCAUAAGAAUCAAAAUAGAAUGACCCACUGUUAUUUACUGUAUAGAGUUGUCUAUGCAAAAAUGUAGUGGUGUAGGUGCCAAAAAACUAUUAACUGCAGUGUAAACUAAAAUAGGCAGUGUUUACAAAGCUUUCGAAGGAUACAUGUAGUGACUGUAACUCAGACAGCCACAACAGUUGCUUCCUAUUGGGAUCCAGCAAUCUUUGCAGGACUAAGGGUUUGGUGCCUUUUGCAUGAAGAUGCCAAACGCUCCCCAUAGAGCCUUAUUGGAAUAAUGAAUCUUUUUGAGGAGAUGCUGAUUGGUCCUUAUGCAGUAGGCCCCUCAAUGCUAUCUCUACCAUUAGAAAAACAGGUUUGUAGUAACAGCUUUGGAGUGCUUCUUCACACUCUUGCUUCUCUGCAUAUUUUGAAAGACCUCCAAAUGGGACAUCCCUGCUUGGGUCGUAGUGGGCCAGAAUGCUGUGGAUGUAGAUAUAAUUAUUUGAGAGUGUCCCAUUUACAAUUAUAUGAGUUGUCCGUUUUGUUGCGUGAGUACAACAGUGAUGUGAGAUUGUGAGAUCCUCCACAGACAGGCUCACAAUCAACAAUAAUAUUCAGUUUUCCUACAGACAUCACUAGCAACUUUAACAAAAGCUACUCUGGUCGCUUUACCAUAAGACAAAGUAGUCACUUAUGAUAUCUUGACUGCAUUUUAAUUCUAAUGAAAUUCCAACUCCGUAUUUGAUUAAUAUUCUAACUUUAUGAAAUACUUAAAAUGUGUGGUCUGUUAGCAGAGCUGCUUUAAGGGGUCUAAUGAACAGAUUAUGUUUUGCAUAUGUUAUGAUUCUGAAGUAGUUAAUGUGCAUCUACUUGUGUGUUCCUCUGUAGGUCAGAAGGAGCACAUGGAACAAUGGUUACCUUUGGAUAUGAAACGGAACUUCAAUGGUUGCUCUUUUUCUGGAAAAUCUUUCUACCUGGAUCUUCUGCCCAAUAAGCAAACGGACAUUCUCACCAAAGCCAUCGUCCAGUUGGGAGGGGUAAGAACUGCUUGUUAUAUUUCAAAGAUUUGUGAGUUAUUCAGUUAUGUGCACUUUGGGUGAUGUGUAGUAAUAUAGACUAAACAAAGCAAGAUAUAAAUUUACAUUGGAUUAUAUAUGGGACACCAACUAUGGCAGGGAUGUUGAUCUGAUGCUCUACAAACCCCAUAAUUCUCCAAAACAAGCCAUAGACCAAUAUUUUUUGACAAUAAUUCUAUCCGUUUGGUUGGAGGGCACAUUUGGCAUCACUUGGCUGGGACAUGGUAUUGACAGUCUCCCUUCAUGCGUAUUGAUGCGUCAUGAAAUAUUAAAGACGAAAACGGUUGACGUUUUAGGGAGCCACAGUUCUGGUACUUCUUUUUAGCAUCAAUUAGUUAUCUUUAAAAUGUGAAGACAUAUGUACAUUUACCUUUUUAUUUCCCCCACACGCAAAGGUCAUCGAGAGCUUCCUGAGCAGGGAUAUCACCUAUGUGGUGACUGGGAACAAAAAGUUGUCGGGAUACGCCAGGAAGGACUCGGCAGCAACUAAAGGAACAUCUAACUCCAGAUGUCAGACCAGUGGAGGGAUCGAGGUGAGGACAUAGAAGACCAGGUUUUGUUUGUAUUAGUUUUUUUUGCUAGCUGGAAACAAAUGUGCUUUAUAUAGGACUCGCAUUUUGCCGCUAACCUAAUUCUAGUGAAAAUGUUAGCCCUGGCAAGUAGAAAAUCAUACUUAGUGAGUGUGACUGAUCCUCCAGGCUUAUAAUGGCCAGUAAGUUUUAAAACAUGGCUAGUGGUAUAGGACUUAAUAUCCCAAUAUAUAAAGCAGGGAUUAAAAUUGUAAUACUGCUUUUUCUUUUUGUACAAUCCUGUUUGUGUGUCUGACGUUUCUACAGCUCUUUUAACAAAUUAAUUUUGGUCUCCGAUUGCAGUCUGCUCAAUAUAGCCGCGGGAAACAACUGUUGAAAAAGGCGAUGCAGAGUCAGGUAUGUUGCUCCACCGGAGGGUCAAAAGUCUGAGUUCGGGAAGAUUUGUACUCUGUAAGUGUCAUGUAUUUAACUUUUAUUUCUAUAUUUUGCAGGAGCGGAAUAAUGUCCUCACAAAUGCAUGUUCUUGGGGCGUCUCCAUUGUCCAUGUGGAUGGUAUCCUUUUUAUUACUUCUUCAUAAUCUUGGCAAAGGUUGGCCACCAGAGGUCCACCAUUAAACCUUGCACAACCUUGAAAACAUUGAGUCUAGUAGCUAGGACUAUACAUAUAUUCUUUCAUCCUUUGUAGAAAAGUUAUGGGUGGGGGGGGGAGUCUAAUCUGUUGGUGAUCAUAUGAUUGCUUUUCGUUUCUCACAAUUUUAAAUGAACACUUUAGUAUUAGGAAUAUGUAUCCCUAACACUAACAUCUCCCUUGGAACUGUGUCGUGCUCCAACUCCUCAGACGUUGGCCAAAGUUAUGGGCCUAAUGUCUUUAGGCCUUGCCUUUCCCAUAGGGAAGCAUUGCCUUUGCAUGAGGAUGUCCAGAGUCAAGGAAAACCCCCUUAGGAAAGCACAGUGUGAGGACGUCCCUCGUCGUUUCACUGUGUCAAACUCCGUGAAAAAGCAGGAAUCCCCUCUAGUGCUGUCUGUUAGGCAGCCUUAGUGGUGCACUGCACUUCUCUAAUACUGCAAUGUUUUACACUGCAGGACUAAGGGGGACAGGGACACUGAACGCACACCACUGUCCUUUUUAAGGACCAAAUUCAUCACUAUUGGUAAAUAUUUUUUGUAAAAAUAUUAAUGUCCUGCCAUGGUAUUUUGAGACUGCAGUUUCCCAAUACACCAGAAAAAUGGUUGUAUAAGCAAUCUUAUGUUUGUAUUAACAAUCUUUAACUUGUGCUGAAGAGAUCUUGGAGUAUAUUGAGUGUUUGGGACGUCAUUCUACAAAUGGGAUCAACACCAAAGCCAAUAAGGUGAGAUCUGUGAAUGCAUGGUUUUUAAAAAUGUGUUUUGUUUAAUUAUAUUCAUAAUGUGUGUGGUUGGUUGUAGCAUGACUUUUUAUGUAUUGCACAAUAAGUUGAUAUUUUAUCUUAUGUUAACUGUUUGCUUAACAAUCGAAAUCCUGUUAGCAGUAAUGUAAAUUAGCAACUGACUUAUUUUUUAAUUUUUUUUGUGUGUUUUCCGUGGUGAUCAAAGUAAUUGCGAGGGGGCUCUCAUUAGGUUCUCAUUUGCCUUUUCUGCCAGUAAAGAGAUGCUGUGCGAUGCCGUACAGGCAAUGAUGUUUAUGAAACUGAAAAUGACGUGAUGUGAAAUUGGUUAUUAAUAUUGGUCUUUCUAUAAGGAAGGGUCUUUAACCCCUUAAGGACACAUGACAUGACAUGUGUCAUGAUUCCCUUUUAUUCCAGAAGUUUGGUCCUUAAGGGAUUAAAGUUGUCUCACAAUGUUCUUAAAGGAACACUAUAGUGUUCAAAAAAACUGCUGAAGUGACAAUGUAAAAAUAAAAAAUAGCUGGUAAAGAUAAAAUAAAAAUAAGUGUGUGGGUUUUUUUUUUUUUGCCCCCUUAACCCCCAAGUAUUUUGACCCAGAAUUCUCUUGUUAACUCCCUGUUUAGUGAAUAGCUAACUGAUGUACUACCAGAUGCUGUGAUCAGCUCUUUGCACAGUGGGUAAAGAUAAUGUAUUUUUAAGUUGCAUUCAUCGUGUGGAUUAGGUUUCAAUAAACCUUUUAGGCUGCCUGGCUUAAAGCAGCAUGUAAUACAUAAUUGUGUUAUCACAUUUUAAAAACAGAAAUAGUGCAUUGAUUCACGCGAUUAAAAUGUAAUUUAACAGUAAGGCACCCACGUAAAAUGUGUGGUGCACUUUUGGAAAUCCGUUCUUAAAGAAGACUCCUUGGAGAAAUGUGGAGUUAAGGACUCAACUCUACAGUACACCUGUCAUGUCUAAUACGGUCUGCAAGCUAGUGUAUAGAACUCUAACUGAAAUAGUGUCCCCUCACUUGUCAGCCAUUGGCAUGCACAGCUGUACCAACAGAACAGUUUAAUGCGGAACGAUCUUUACUGAUUGAGGUGAUAGGUGUGCAUUAAAAAAAUAUAUUAAUGUGAAGAGAUGAAAACCUAAUUCUUAUGAUGACCGCUUACCAAGUUCUUUUUUUUUAAAAUUUUUUUUUAUUUUAGGGGAAAGGAAAUGGCUGCACGAAACCAAGUCAUAAAGGUGAGUGUAAAAGUCUAGGUUAUGUUGUAUUUUAAACAUUUCUAUAGAUCUCUACAAUAUGUAAGUACUCUAAUCUGUGUUUGUUUUUUGUUUUUGUUUUUUUGUUAUGAUUUCAUUUUUUUUUUUUUUUUAAUGGCACACAAAGUAGGUUUUGGUGUAGAGAUCAUGCCUCUGCAGUCUCAUUGCUCAAAUACCUGCCAUUUAGGAGUUAAAUCACUUUAUUAAUGCAGCAGUAGCCGCACAUCCCCAGUCUCCCUACACCCUUCCUGAUCACUUUGCAUAGGAUGAGGUAGAGGCAGUACACAAGCUGAGCUGCAGAGACUCCACACCACUGUCCCAACAGUGUAAGUACAACCAACAAAGCAAAAAUUAAGUCCUCCGCAUCCAGUAAUGGUGUGCACAUUGUCAUGUCAUUAGCACUGAAAAAGAGCUUGUGCCCAAAACAUCUGCUGUUGUGUACUAUGCCCUCUUAAUAAAUUUUGGUGUGCGCACACCUUUACGGGAUGCGCAGGACUUCAUUUUUGCUUUGUUGGUCACACUUCCUGAAAGAGUGUAAAUUUUUUUUUAGCUUCUCUUGUUACACACUGUGUUUAAAAUAGGUGUGUGUUUGUUUUUUUUUGUUUUUUCCUGUUCUGUUAAUUGUCUGUUAGAGCUAAAUACCUGCCACAGCCUCCUGUGUGGGAUUAAAGUUCAAGCAUGAGCAAGGGGAUAAGAAUGUCUAAAGUGAACACACUGUGUUGUAACCUCUGGUUGAAGAGGAGAACCUGCAGUAGAAGAGCAGGAAGCACGUCUAGUGGAGGUCUGGUAGAUAGCCACUAGAGGUAGUCCUGGCACUACAAUGUUAACAUUGCAGUAUAUCUGAGACUGCAAUGUUUUACUUUGCAGGGCUAAGGAGUAAACCAGACGAAAUUUGAAGCUUAUGAUGUGAAUUAUUCUUUCUAUAUUCUGUCCUGUAGUUGCGAAGUUGAAGAGCCCGUUUUUGAAGAUUGAAGACCACAGCAGGUGAGUGUUCAGUGACUAAUUUUACCCACUCGUAGCGUCUCCUCAAACCUUUCUUACGUUCCCUUUGACUCUCUCCUCACAGACUGUAUCGACCUAUACAUUCUACGUUCUCGAGCUUUCCUGAAAUUUCGUUUGUGUCUUCGGAUAGAAGUCCUUUUCAGACAGCUCAGACACGCAACAGUACCCGCCCGGGUCGGGACCCAGGGUGAGCAAAACCUCCAUGUAUACCUGUAAUUUAUUUUUUAUAUAUAUAUAUAUAUAUAUAUAUUUUUUUUUUAUUUAUUUUUUUUAGGCCUGCAUUGUCUAUAUAUCCUCUGUGCGUGCGUUUAUCAAUGCCUGUAUUGCAACAGUGAGGUUUUUAACGUUUUAAUUAUUUUGUGAUAAAACCUUAUAUUGUGGCGUUCCAAAGUUUGAAUUUGAAAUUUUUGGUCAAAAUAUGCAAACUGAAGCCGUAGCCUACUUGGGACAUAUUUGUGAUUAUUUUGUGUAGUGUUUGGGAUGGUACGCGCUGGAAAAUUCCAUGGAGAAUAGUCCAAAAACAGGUCCAUGGAAUUGCUAAAAACACAGCAAAUUUAAAGGACCACUAUUGUGCCAGGAAAACAUACAUUCUCUGAAACUGCUAUGUUUACAGCAAAAAGGGUUAAGACGUGUUAGGACCUAGCUGGACCUGGCACCCAGACCACUUCAUUAAGCUGAAGUGGUCUGGGUGCCUAUAGUGGUCCUCUAAGAUAAAAUAGACCCUUAUAAAAGCACAGUCCAGUGCAGCAAAACACCCCAAAAGUGUAUUGUCACUCGUACACUUUAUAAACGUUCUACAGACCACGUACAAAAGCGCAAACAAUGAUUAUGAUUGUCUUCUGUAGUUUAAAAACCUAUAUAACAUAAAGAUGUAUCAUCGUGCAGUAUGUAUGCACAAAAAUAGAUCAGGGGAGGUGGUUGGAAAAAUUCACUCUCUAGAGCCUAUAAGUUGGCUCUAAACUGUGGAGGUGUCAAACAGAAACUUGUAGUUACACCUUGCUUCCAGUAAGUAUAGGUCCUAGAGAGGGACUUGCAGUUACACCUUACUUCAGGUAAGUAUAGGUCCUAGAGAGGGACUUGUAGUUACACCUUGCUUCCAGUAAGUAUAGGUCCUAGAGAGGGACUUGCAGUUACACCUUACUUCAGGUAAGUAUAGGUCCUAGAGAGGGACUUGCAGUUACACCUUACUUCCGGUAAGUAUAGGUCCUAGAGAGGGACUUGCAGUUACACCUUACUUCAGGUAAGUAUAGGUCCUAGAGAGGGACUUGCAGUUACACCUUGCUUCAGGUAAGUAUAGGUCCUAGAGAGGGACUUGCAGUUACACCUUACUUCAGGUAAGUAUAGGUCCUAGAGAGGGACUUGUAGUUACACCUUGCUUCCAGUAAGUAUAGGUCCUAGAGAGGGACUUGCAGUUAUACCUUACUUCAGGUAAGUAUAGGUCCUAGAGAGGGACUUGCAGUUACACCUUACUUCCGGUAAGUAUAGGUCCUAGAGAGGGACUUGCAGUUACACCUUGCUUCCGGUAAGUAUAGGUCCUAGAGAGGGACUUGCAGUUAUACCUUACUUCAGGUAAGUAUAGGUCCUAGAGAGGGACUUGCAGUUAUACCUUACUUCAGGUAAGUAUAGGUCCUAGAGGGACUUGCAGUUACACCUUGCUUCCAGUAAGUAUAGGUCCUAGAGAGGGACUUGCAGUUACACCUUACUUCCGGUAAGUAUAGGUCCUAGAGAGGGACUUGCAGUUACACCUUACUUCCGGUAAGUAUAGGUCCUAGAGAGGGACUUGCAGUUACACCUUACUUCCGGUAAGUAUAGGUCCUAGAGAGGGACUUGCAGUUACACCUUACUUCAGGUAAGUAUAGGUCCUAGAGAGGGACUUGCAGUUAUACCUUACUUCAGGUAAGUAUAGGUCCUAGAGAGGGACUUGCAGUUACACCUUACUUCCGGUAAGUAUAGGUCCUAGAGAGGGACUUGCAGUUACACCUUGCUUCCGGUAAGUAUAGGUCCUAGAGAGGGACUUGCAGUUACACCUUGCUUCCGGUAUGUGUAGGUCCUGUAAUUUUGGUGUGUGUAUGUCUCAUUUUAUUUUAACUUUGUUAUUUUGGUUCCUGGUAUUGUAUGCUGCUACUAUGCAGCUACCUUUGGGGACCUCCAUUUAUCUGAAACAAGGUGUAACUGCAAGUCUCUCUGUGACCAAAUUAUAGGCUCUAAAGACUGAGGUUUUCCACCCCCCCUAUCUAUUUUUGUUUUUGUACAUACAUACUGCACCGUGGAAUUACUAGUUGCAACUUUUUACCCAGGCGACAGACCAGCUUUAUAUGAGUUUGGCACUCAAGAAUCACUCAUUCAAUGAAUAAGUCUGCUGCUAUUGUGCUUGGACAGGAUGAAAGCAGUCCUCCAUUUGGUCCUAGAAUAUCGUAAUUGUAGGUUUGUUGCCUUUUCUUGUUAUGGUGUUUCUUUGUAUUUCCUUUAAACUCCUUUUUAGAUGUGGAUAGAAGUGAUAAUAGACCUUCCUUUUGUUUUUUUUAUUUUGGUAAUAUUCCUUUUAAUUUUACCCUUGGAAUCUGGAAAAGACUAGAAAAUGUGAUAUUUAUAUGGACCAGGUUUAGGAUGUUUUCCAGAUAUUGUGGUUCUGAUUAAGAGCAGCUGCAGGUACGUUGGGAUGCCUGUUAGCAGAGAAUGUCAAGAUGAGGCAGCAGGCAGAAACUGCGCAUGGCCUCUUCUUUUUCUGUGCUUGGGCUGGUGACCUAUGACCUCUAUGCUCCCAGGCCUAGUUUGACCCACCAAACCGAUUCCCAGAAUAACUGCAGUAUCUGGGCUGAUCAACAGGAGUUUGAAGGUGGCUAAACAAACAGAGUAGGGAAGUACAUUAACAUAAAAUAAAAAUCCUCAUGCUCGGGAGAUUUGGUCUUUGCUGGCAGUGGUGUCAUGGGAAACAUUCUCAGGGCUAUUAAAGUUAAUUCAAAGUGAAUUUCAAAUUUUAAUUCCAGACUAGCUCAGCUGGAAGCAUAGCUGACUUUUGGUAGUCUUCCAGUUUUUUUAUUUUUUAUUUUGACCUUAAUUUUGAUUAUUUUGUAUUCUCGCACAGAUUAAUGCUUCCUCAUUAUGUGGCUAGCACAUCCAUAUCAACAUGUGGACAUUCUUUUAAAAAAGUUACUAAUUUGCACUUUCUACCCAAAACAAAAAGUGAAUGUGUGCUUACAAUUUUAUUUAUUCUUUUACAUUUCUUUUCUUGCUCAUCUGGGAUUAUAUAGUAUAGUUGAUGUUUCUAGACAUGCAUUCAGUACAGACAGGAUUAUUUAUUUUUUGCAUGUUGGUGUAUUGCAUAUGCAUUGUGCAUUCUUAGCCCUGUUGAUCUGUGUAGGGUUUUUAGAUUUAAUAUCCAUCAUCUUCCCUUCCAGUGAACAGGAGGAAGGGGAGAGAGUACUCCAGGCUCAGAGGAGGAGAGGCUACUGUGAAUGCUGUGAAAAGAUGUUCUCAAAACUUGAUGAGGUGAGGAGUUGUGAGCGGUGUAGACUAGGGUAGGGAUGGGAUUGAGCUUGCUGUCCACCAAUUAAACAAAAAAUUAUUUGAAGAAAUAUAAAAAUAAUAAAAUUUAUUUUAUUUAUUUAUAAAAUAUUUUACCAGGAAAGAUACAUUGAGAUUUCUCUCGUUUUCAAGUAUGUCCUGUAUUUGCUGAAUAUUGUAUAAAAAAAAACAAAAAAAACCUCUGCAAUAAUAUUAAAAAUUGGUGAGAAAUUUUACAUUUUUAGAUCUAACAAAAUAUUAAAAUCUUGAAGUGUUAGAACCCCUUUUUAAGCCAUGUUUGAAAUUUUGAUAGUUGCUUGCAACAUGAUCUAAGACCCUUGUUCAUACGAAGCCGGUUGUGUGCUCCAUUCUGUUUGUACCAACAUUCUGUCUGUUUCAGGAAGUGGGAUGUAUAAAUUGUGCACAAUAUACUGAUCAUUUAUUUUAAUUUUUUUUUCCAGCACCUGGCUGGUGAACAGCACUGCAAAUUCGCAUUGAAUCCUUCGCAUUACACCGUUAUCGAGAACUUGGUGGCUAAGCUCUCUUUUGAUUUCAUGGAACUGCCUCGUGGGUAGGUUUUCACUUUAUAACUGUUAAAAUCUCUUCCCUUGUGCUGGGCCCACAACAUAGGUUGUUUCCAUGGGCCUUGGGGAAACCCUUGAUUAACACAUUGCUGGCAGGUAGCCCUGCAGCCAUUCGUAAAUUGCAAGAUCAGCAGGAAGCUUCCUGUAGCGAGUCUUUGUGUUUUUUGUUUUUUUAAAUGAAUAUGCAUAUACUUCUUUCCUUAACAAUUCUCCCCUAGGAUAAUAAAUAAAAAAAAUAAAAAUAAAAAAAAUAAAAUGGUAAUGCAGAACGCACAACUCUGCAAUCCAUAAUCUGCAUGUUUUUUGACUUGCUUUCUUGUCAUUUAGAGAUUGGAUUUGUAGCCAUGUGUUUGUACAGAGGGGUGUAGUCUUGGACCCCCAGCUGCUGCACUAUGUUUCACCUUGAAUGUUUUUGCUUGUUGUUGGGAAUUGGUUGGCAGAGCAUUCUGGGAGUUGUGGCCCAACCAGCAGUUAAAGGGACUUUACUGUCCUGUUUCACUUGAACAAUCACAAAAUGCAUUGUUCGAAAUUAGCUUUUGAAUGUAAUAUUGUUUUUUUUUAUUUAUUUUUUGUCUAGCUUUCCAAAAAACUUUUUUUUUUUUUUUUUUUUUUUAAAUAUAAAUUUGGGGUUUGAGCAUAAGUUUCCAUGUCUCCAGAGUGGGGCAACAGGACACCUUAUCUCUUUAAUUAAAGGUAUAAUGCAUGCCUCCAUUCCUGUGGCUUAGAAGCCAGCCUCCUCCCCACAGAUUACAGGCUGAGACAUCGAACCCUUCCCAGAGGCUCCAGGAGCCAUCCUUACUACACCAGGACUAAUCGGCUGCACGCAUGGAAGUCAAUAGUUUGACUGGGUUGUGGCCAUUCUCUAAGUAUUAUUACUCUAGCUAGGUACUUCCGAUCCAGGCACUAUUUGGACUGGUGUCUGCUCGUGGAUAUACAGUGUUUGAGGGUUACACCUUAGGAAAGGAAACCAUUUAGGGUUUGGAAUCUCUGGUGCUCUUGUCUGGUAAGAGAACUCUACAUACCUGAAUGAGUUCAGCUCAGACAAAUUCUAUCAUCCUCUGAUUUAUUAACUGUGAUCAGGACAGACUUGAUCUUGAGUCUUAUCAAUCACCUCCCUGCAGCAAUAAUAUGCAUUCUACCUUGUAUAAAGUACACGUUUGUUUUCAUAGAUAUGUAAAAAUAUAUCCCUCCAACAAAAAGACAAUACUUAACUGGUGUGCGAAUUUAUAAGCACAGCCUCCCCAAGGAAUUCCCAGCAAACUUCCUUCUACGACCAUGUAUGUAUAUUUCAAAAAAAUCUGGGGAACCAAGUAAACCUAUAUCAGAAUGAAACGUAACAUUCUGUAAAAGUUACAAAUAGUAUCGUGCGCAACAUGGAAAAUGACAAACCGACCCUAUCUCCAUUUCCAUUGCUACUUCUGGUGAGUAGAGACAGUCUACAGUUGUGCCCCACAAUUCAGAGGAGGCACCCUAGAGACUGACAAACUCCAUCUUGUGAGUGCUGACUCUUUAAAGCACACAAUACUAUUUUUAAAACUGUACUACACUGUUGUUUCAUUCUGAUAUCGGUUUAGCCAGUUCCCCAGAUUGUUUUGUGAUAUACCUACACUUUUUCACCCUUCAUCAAGUAUAGGCUGAUCUUUGGGCGAGCUGCUAUGACCACUGACGAAGUCCUGUUGGUAAAGGAUGGUGAUUGAUGUAGUACUGAGCUCCGUUGCGUUUUUUUUUUUUUGGGGGUGGGGGGAGAGGAGGGGGUUUUCGGUUCUUGCACAUAGAACCAUAGAAAUAACAAAGCUGAGCUGACACCGUACAUCUUAUAACAACUCAAUAGGACUCCAGAGAAUUGGGUGACAGAGUGCCUUUGUGUUCUUUGUUUCUGUUCAGUACCUUUUGGGAAUACUGCAUUGAAAUUGCCUCAUGUGCGCCUAAUUGCGACACUGUUCGUGAGUUCCUUAGUAACUUUUAUAAAUAUCCAGAUCCAAAUUAGGACUUCAGACUGAAUUUGCUGUAGCAUAAUUAGUUAUGUGGUUAUAAAAUUUGAUGGAUACAAUGUGUAAGCAGGAGCCGGGUCACUGCACCUUCACGUAAUUGCUGUUCGUGGCGAUCAAAUGUGAGGGCGUUGGGAGAGCUCUGUAGGAAAGAAGGCAGGAGACCAAUAUGACAUCCUGUCCUUAACAUUUACCAAGAGGGCUGGCUGUGGCUGCCUACUUGCAGGGCACCAGAGUGUCACCACCAAGGACUCCCUUUCCCUCUUUGUGAAUAGGUGCCAAGUGAAUGUUGCCCAUCCCUAGUCAUUAGCCAUGGCUUAAUGUAAAGGUGAAACAAGUGUGGUUUUUAUUGGUGUGGAGAUCUAUCAGGAGAACAAUCGUAGAGACGUACUGGAUACGGCACUCCCCAAAUAACACAGAUACUCUGAAGGCAGGACUGUCCAGGCCUCCCUUCCAAGAUAUGCAGAAUAAAGAGCGGUUCAGGCACUCCAGGAUAACAGAAAUGGCAGCUUUUAUUGGGGCAAUGUUUCGACCCUACAGGGUCUUUAUCAAGCUUGAUUUAUUCUGCAUAUCAGAAGAACAAUGGCAUUGUGCAAUACCUGGCGCCUAGGUGUCUGUACCUGAUGGGAUAAUUUUUUUUAAAUGGCCAAAUACCUCGGUGCCGAACAUAUUACUUUACCCAGAAAACCUGGGUUCCCGUGCCUGCAUCCCCAAACCAGUGCUCGGUGGAAUGUCCCGGGCACUUUUGACGAUUGCACUUUCCGUCGGUACUUUGAGCUCCCUUAUGUCUUUGGUGUCUGUCUCACCACCUCCUCUACCACCCCUCUAAAUAGAGCCCUGUUUGGUGGCCCUAGGACAGAGAGCAACCUUAAUGAAGUUUUAAUGGAUCGCAGCAACUCUGCAAUCUGAUCUUAUCACGGUCAGACCGUGUCUCUGUGAGUCCCCCAACAGUCUCUGAUGUCUUUUGGAUCGAGGCUUUGAGUUGGCAGGUAUGGUCUACAGGGGGGGUUAAGUGUGGGACAACAGUUAUUUUGGGAGGAUGUAGCGGUUCAGAGCCAUGUAUUAGUCCUGGGUGACCCGGGUGGGUUUGUCACACUGACCAUAUAACGGAAGAAAAAUAAUGGGCAUGAGUAUCUCACGUUUGUCUUGUCUGUGUUUUUUUUUUUCUCAUUCCUUUUUAGUUAUGAUUUUUUUUUUCUCUCCAAAGACACACUAGAAGUGUUCGUACCACUUUAAGAACAAACCCUUUCCUCCCCCCUUUUCAAACCAUAAUGUUUAUAAAUCUUUCCCUGUACCUCCUGCCAGAGAAUAGCUCCAUAACCUUAAUUGUUUAUUUGGCUGGCUCCCAAUUCCAAUGGCUGGCAGCUCAGAUCCCAUAGACUAUUGCUUCCCACAGGGAACUCUUACCUUCCAGAGACAUUAUACUAAGUGAUGCUGUUUCUUCAACCCUGUAGCAUUUUGUUUACCUGCAGGAGAGUAGCUUCAAUUAGCCAACUCUCAGACCCUCCUGAAAUGAUUUCAUCUCUUUGUGAAGUUACCAGAAUGUUUGUUUAACGCUGCAAAUCUUGCCAGAGAAACUCACAAAUCGCAUGGAAGGCAAGAGUUAUUAAAGGUCAAAUCACCAACUUCUAAGGGGGUAACACCGGGAUGUACCUCAAGACUGUAACAAGGCCUAUGCAACACCUGUAAUAUAGAGCUGUAUUGUCAGGCGAUAUAUAUAACCCAGGCCAUUGCGGUCUAUCCCUCAGUGGAAAAGAUCUGACCGAUCUAAUAAUUGCAAAGAUAAUGCUGCACUUUAAUGGGAUAUAUAAUGUAAUAAUAGCAAGUUACUGGCUCUCACAGUGCUAAAUACAAUUUGCUGACUGGGUGUGCCGACAGGCCUGAUUUUGCAAAUAGACAUCUGCGUGAUGAAGCCAAUACAGGUAAUCUAAUUAACCCAGGUACUAUUGUAUAUCUAAUUACACUGUCAGCUAAUUACAGUGGAUUAUUUGUGAGCAGAAAGGUAAUGUGUUUAAUUUGGAGGGGGGGGAGGGUGGUUGGUGUGAGUGAUUUCUGGCCUUUAUAAAUGCACAAUUGGUCUUUGUAAUGACACACAAGUUGAACCCCAAUUAGAGCGCUUUAUUCAGGACUGUCACUUCACAGGAUUUUUCAUGUUAUGUUUAGAUAUUCCUAUAUGUAACAAAAUAAAUGUAGAAAUUCACACCUCUUUACUCUGCAAAUGGGCGCCUCCAUAUUUGUAUUUUUUUUUUUCUCCUUCUAUGGGAUUAAUGUAGAUCUUACGUUUUAUUAAUUAAAUUCAACUUACUGAAAUAUUUUCUUUUUGUCUAUUAGGGUCGUACCUUCUAUGGAUUGUAGAUCAGAACAAGGUGAACUGGAAUGGCCCAGUCUAGAUACAGAACAGACUAUGAAGGAGGUAACUACUCUGGAACCUGUGCGGGAAAUCAAUGUGAGCAAGGCUGCUGUUGAAGACAUUUGUCCAGAAGUGGCUCCGAUUGAUCAGCCUGUUUAUGAAAAGUUGGAAGAAGCAGCUGUGCUAAACUGGAAUGUUAUGGAAUUGGUGAAUGUCGAGCUUGAGGCUAAUUCCACAAAAUUUGCAGAGCUCUUUACACAGACCAUGGAUGGUGCUUCUGUGGAGUUUCAGGACCAUAAUAUGGUUGUCCAGGCAGAGCGGACGGAAGAUAAUAUUGAAAGCAAGUUACACAUUCCUUGUUCUAAUGAAAACCUGGAAGACUCCAAACUGCCGUUGACUUUCUUAGAUUUGCAACCACCAGUGCUCUCCUUUCCUCUGGGUAAUACCAUUGCCCCAUCAUUUGUCCGCAUGCUACUAGAGGAUCAUGCAGCUGUGCACAAACCGCCACGAAUAGAUCCUGCAGUUGAUUCCAAGACUGAUUUGACGAAAGAACCGUUGCUAAGUGUUAUGGGUAACUCGCAUACAUAUUUGGACAAUGCCUGGGCUCUGACCAAAAUUGGAUUUCCUACAUGGUACCAAAAUCAAGUAGAACAUCCGUUUACUUCCAUCUGUAAACCUUUUGACCCUUUGAUAUUGUCACCGCUACCUUGCGGGAGUUGGUUAUUACCACUUACAACCACCUCUCAGCCAGCGUCAAAUGAGACUGUCAAAAGUACAGAGACCUCACAGGACGUGGAGCCACUGGUGGCAAGGACAUAUUGUCGCAAAACCAAGCGUAAAUUCUGUGGAUCUCCAUACCCCCCUCCUGCUAAAAGGCAGUCGUAUACAUGCCAGCCUGCCUAUACGCAGACUGUGGCAAUUCCAAUGUUUAUGGGACUAUGGAAUGGUGGAGAUCAGAUACCAAUCCCGGUCUGGGCAGAUUGGACUAAGUGGGACAGCAAUGAACUCACAGGCGGUUCGUCCACUCACAGCUUCCCUUGCUUUCAGCCCAAAUUGGACGCAGAUAAUGUUUCAUCAGAAUUAGACUGGGAUGUUCUGCUGCCCUCUCGUCAGAAUCCACCCCAACAGAAUCAACACUACGGGCAUCUCCGGACUGUCCAAGUGGACCUUAACCAGAGCUGGUACGGGAAACAACUAUGCUCCGUGCUGGCUGACAACUAAACUCCAAUUACAACACACUGUGUCACUGUCACACCCACCUUAUAGCUUACGACUUUAGCUUAAGACUUGGCAUCUUGACAAGACUUUACGUUUUAUGUGAAUCCGUACAAAACGGAUCUGUCUGCUUGGUGGCUGCCCUUCUCGCUGGUUCACAUUCUUAGAUUUUGCUUUGAGCCAGUGUUUCUUUUUGACCUGUCUGUCAUUGUUGUUGGGGUUUUUUUUUUUUUUUUUAUUUCUCCUCCCCACCCCCACCAUUCCUUCCUCUGAGCAGGUUUACUCCUCCUCCUUCCGCCUGCAACCCCCACCGUUCUUCCGGGAUUGAUGUCAGCGUGCCUCCAGCUCUUACCCAGAGCUCUUAACUGCAUCUUAAUGACUCUUAAUGGGAUGUAUAAGUUUUAGACGGAGUUUAAAUGCUUGUGUAUAGAUGCUGCCAGGAGUGGGAGACUCUGAACACAUCCUGUUCCCAAAAGCAAGAACUGUCAGCAAAAACUAAUAAGGGGUUCUUCUGUGUCCUUUAAUUGAAAGGUGAUCAACUGACAUGACAUGUAUGACCAUUUAAAUGUUGGAUGUGUUCACAUGAUGCUCGACUUCAGACAUUCUAUUAGUGUAGACAUGUCACUAAAGAAUUAUUAUUGUUUUUUAUUUUUAUUGGAUUAAAAUAACACCCCAGGCACCAUAACUACUAAAGUGCACUGUAGUGAUUAGUUCCAACAGAGAGUCGCAAGGGCACACUGGCACCCUAGUCAAACCAUUUUAGAACAGUCUGAUUUCUUACCUGAUGUCUGCCGUGUCCCACUACCCACCUCCACUACAUCAUUCGGACGUUCCAUUAGUUCUCCUGGGUUAAUCACUGGACUAUCGACCUUAGGUCAGUGAGCUUCCAACUCUCUAUUGGAAGUAGCGGGAGAUGCUAAGGCACUCCUGGCACCUAACCACUAUAGUGUGCAGUACUACCCAUUUUUAAAAAAAAGCCAAUCCCAUAUUAUUGCAAAUUAAUAUAAUACCCCAGUUCUGUAGCUAAUGGUACAAGUUCACUGUGAUUUAAUGAUUAUUUUAACAUUUUAAAAUUGACCUAAUUGUCUCCAAGGUUUAAAUUCUACACCUGUGCGUGUUCUGUACUGGUUGGAAUGAUGCCAAUUUAUAGUUCUCACUCAACUCAUUCACUUGCAUAUGGGAUAUAAUGUUUAGAAGUUAUUUAUCAUUUGACUAAAGAAGGGUUUAACCUUAUUUGUUUUAGUUCUGUAAAAAUAUCCAGCUGACAAGGGUAGUGUCCAACUCUAGACCCUCAGGCCAGACAUGGCCCUCAAGGAUUUUUUACAGCCCUAUCCUGUGUAAAAACAAAGAAAACCCUAUGGGUUUGAUUAAUCAUUCAUGAACCCAAAACUAUUUCUUAACAAUCAUAAAGAAGAUUCGAUUCAUUCAUGUAUUUUACUAAAUUUGUCACUUUCUUUAUGUGACACUCUAACCUUUUGCUGUUUUUCGGCCUCUGCUCCUACAUGGAACUGAUACAUUAAGUUGUCUUGCUUAUCGACAAAUAUUUAAGCUAGGACCAUGUUAUGGAAGUGCUAGAGUUAUACAUUGUGCUGGCAAAAUCACCAGCAAAUAUAUUGCAAGUCAUACGUCACUGAAGUUGCCUUCUGUGUCCCCAAGAUGGUGAUCACAGCAGAUAUCAGAUAUAUCUGAUCGCUUUUUCCAAUUUAUGCAUAAAACUCAAGGUGAUGCUCCAAACUGUUUCAAGUGGUUUUACCAAAAAAAAAAUAAUAGAAUCUGAUACUUAAAAUCCAUCACUUCUGCUUUGUAACUCUGUAACGACGGUAUUUCACUUAAUUAUUUAUUGAAAGAAUUUGUACGGCUAGCAAGAUUCAGCGAUGUAAAUUGACACAUGCGCCAAACAGCGGGCUUUGGGUGCCAGGAUUUCUCCAGUUUGCCCCAAACCCUUUAAAAUGAUUUGACAAAAACUGGAGGCAAAGCUUCCCUGUACUAUAAGUACAUCAUUGAGCUGUAGUGGUUGUAGUAUGUCCCCUUAGUGCUGUAUAAGAAGGAUGGCUAAUUCUGACACUGCAGAUUUUUGGACUGCAUUCCUCAUCGUCCUCAAGCAAGUCUAGCGCUCACUGUGCAGAAGAUGAGUUGUAGUGUUAUAAACAUCUAGUGUGUCAAGAUUAACCAUCUCAGCCACAUUAUUUAAUAUCCCAUCCUGUUUCUUAUUUUAGCAACUUUGUACAUUCUGUAUCUAAUUUUUUUUUUGUGUGUGUGUAAAUGUUUGUAUUAUUCUUUAU